AUGAUGACAAACGAUAUCAAGGAAACACAAUCAAUACAGCCAGAUGCUUCUGAGAUUAAGGAACUGAAGGAGGAAUUGGCCAAUGUGAGAAAAAGAAAGCGCAGGACCAAGAAAAUUAACAAAUUGACUGAUGGUCAAAUACGUAUAAAUCAUGUGUCGUCAGAAAAAAAGAGAAGAGAGUUAGAAAGGGCAAUUUUUGACGAACUAGUGACCGUAGUACCAGAUCUACAACCUCAAGAAAGUCGAUCAGAACUAAUUAUAUACUUAAAAAGUCUAAGUUAUUUAAACUGGUUGUAUGAAAGGAAUGAAAACAUAAGGAAACAAAUAAUGGCUAAACGUGUAGCAAGAACGAGCAGCAAUAACAGCAGUACUGAGGAACAACAAAAUGAUGACAUCUCGGAUUUGGUACCGAGGGAACUAAUUUGGGAAUUAGGUAAUGAACAAAAUGGCCAAUAA